AUGUCAGAACCAAGCGACGUCCCUCGAAAACCUAGAAAGAUUCGCCACCAAGAUGAAGAGUCCUCAAAUGGAGAGGGCUCCCAGCCCGUGGUUGUCGCCGCCGAUCCCUUGGCCAAGGCUCUAAACAAAGCAACCUUAAUGGAUACCACUAAAUAUCCCCCGCCACCGUCAAACACUCUAAACGAAGCAACCCUAAUGGAUACCACUGAAUCUCCCCUGCCACCGUCAAACACAAGUACCAAGGUUUUCUCUUACAAAGAUAAACUCCUCGGGGGCACUCAAACCUUUACCGAAGAGGAAGACAUAAUCGACGAGGAGGAAAUUGAAAUUCUGGAGGGAGACGUCUCCCGAUUGGCCAAACUGAAUGAUCUGUGGAAGCCGUCUCAACCGUUUCAACUAAUGGAUAUCGGGAACGACUACUUUCUGGUCACCUUCAGAACUCAAUCUUACUUUUUGAACGCCAUUUCAGACUACCCUUGGACUAUCUUCGGAAACUAUCUCACUGUUAAACCUUGGUCGACUGAUUUCUCCACGGCGCAUCUUUUUCCUCGAAAAAUAAUAGCCUGGAUCCGUCUCUUGGGAUUGCCAGUCACUCUCUACAAGAGAAACAUAAUCAAGAAAAUUGGAGAAUGCAUUGGAAGGGUGGUUUGUAUUGAUUACCAAACAGAUAGUGAAAGACGUGGCCGCUUUGCUCCUAUGUCAAUCUCGAUCAACUUACAUAAACCUCUCAUCUCUAAGCUACUCGUCAAUGGUAACAUCCAGAUAGUGGAGUAUGAGUCGCUCCCCAAAGUUUGUUUUUCAUGUGGCAAGUUUGACCACGUUCAAUCCAACUGUCCGGAUUCUCAGUCGAAGGGAGAAGCUCCGCCAACCCUGAAUCGCCUAGGACUAAACAUCAAGCUUUGA